GGAAGUGCUUCGUUUGUGUGUUUUCCGCUUUUCCCUACUUCGCUCGCAGCGUCCUUUCAGGGCUUGAGGAGGGCGAGUCUCCCCACCCGGAAGUCGAAAGGUCUCCACUGAGGACCAGAACAGCCUCGACCGUGACCCCGACGUUCUCUCGUCCGUCGGAUUUCGAGCAUGCCGCGCUCGCGGGGCGGGGGCCGGGGCCGGGGCGGGCAGGAGGCUGGCAGGGCCGAGCUGGUGUCCCGCUCGCUCCAGAGUGCGCAGCACUGCCUGGCUAGCCAGGACUUCGGCACGGCCUACGCUCACUACCUGCUAGUGCUCAGCCUGGCUCCCGAGCUGCGGGACGACGUCAAGGAAACCUUUCAGUAUACCCUUCUCAAGUGGCAGAAGAACUGGAUUCUCUGAAUCGGUACGAAGUACUUAUUUGGUUGCUAUGAGCAGGCCUUGGAACUUUUUCCUGAUGAUGAAGUGAUUUGUAACAGUAUAGGGGAACAUCUGUUCAGCUACAACAGAAAACUGAAUGAUGAUUUGGUUACUUUAUUUACCAAAGGCUUAUUGAAGCAGAGACCUAUGAAGUUAUUGAGAAGGGGAUCAUUUCCAAUUCAACAGGCUAAUCAUGGCUGUUUGGGGAAUGGGCUUUAGGGAUGAAGCAGCUGGCUAUUUCCACAAAGCAGUAAAGCUAAAUCCUGACUACACUGAUGCAAAGGAGAAUUUUUAUCGUGUUGCAAACUGGUUGGUGGAACGCUGGCACUUUAUCAUGCUUAAUGAUAUCAAAAGGAAUAUGACUUACCAUGCAGCAAUCCAGAAGGUGGUUCACUUGGGAUGCAAAACUGUUCUGGAUAUUGGAACGGGAACUGGAAUACUAAGCAUGUUUGCUAAAAACGCUGGUGCACACCGUGUCUAUGCCUGUGAGCUGUCCAAGACCAUGUAUGAGCUCGCUUGUGACAUAGUGGCAGCAAACAAUAUGGAAACAGGGAUCAAACUAUUACAUAUGAAGUCGUUGGACAUAGAUAUUCCUAAGCAUAUUCCUGAGAGAGUUUCCCUAGUUGUAACAGAAACUGUCGAUGCAGGUUUGUUUGGAGAAGGAAUUGUGGAGAGCUUGAUUCAUGCAUGGGAACAUUUACUUUUGCAACCAAAGCCUAAAGGUGAAGAUGGUAACUGUGAAAAAUACGGACAAGUCAUACCUGCAGGUGCCAUUGUGUUUGGGAUGGCAGUAGAGUGUACAGAGAUACGAAGACAUCACAGGCUCGGUGUCCAGGAUGUUGCUGGUGUUCAUUUACCAUCAACUGUGAAAUUUCAGAGUCCAGCAUAUUCUUCUAUAGAUUCUGAAGAAACAAUUGAACCUUAUACAACUGAAAAAAUGAGUCGAGUUCCUGGGGGCUAUUUGCCACUAACAGAAUCCUUUGAAACUAUGACAGUAGAUUUCAAUAAUCUUCAGGAACUAAAAAGCCUUGCAACGAAAAAGCCUCAGCAGAUGAGUAUUCCUGUCAUUCAAGAAGGAGUGCUAGAUGCCAUUAUAGUUUGGUUUGUGCUUCAGCUUGAUGAUGAACACAGUUUAUCAACAAGUCCUCAUGAAGAGACAUGUUGGGAACAAGCUGUCUACCCUGUGCAGAACCUCCCAGAUUAUUUUGUGAAGCCUGGAGACCACGUGAUGAUGGAAGUUUCCUGCCAAGACUGUUACCUGAGAAUCCAGAAUAUUCAUAUUUUAAGUGCCGAUCAUGGAAUGGAUGUUGAGAGAGGUUCCAACAAAAAUGAGGAAGAGUCUCUUGCUUUAGGCAGUGAGGCUGAACUCUGUAGUGCCCUGGCUAGCCUUCAAACGAGUAAACCAGAUGAAAUCAGGCAGUCAUGCACAUUGGAGUCCACAGAAAUAGCUUUGCUUAAUAAUGUUCCAUAUCAUGAAGGAUUUAAAGCUGCUAUGAGCAAAGUGCUGACAUCAUUGACCCCAAAUAAACAGUUGCAGAUCAUGGAUGUUGAAGGUCUUGGUGGUGAGAUGAACUCCGGAAAUUCACAAGAUGGAAAUUCCCUACAUAUCACCCCUGACCCUUUCUAUGUGUUAGAUGUGUCUGAGGGCUUUUCCAUUCUGCCCAUAAUUGCUGGGACUAUAGGGUUGGUAAAGCCAUAUAGUUCUGUGGAGAAAGAACAGCACCGUCUCACUCUUGACCUUAUUUCUGAAGCCAACCAUUUUCCUAGAGACACACUUGAAUUUUGGUUGAGACGGGUGGAAGAUGACUGUGCUGUUUUACAGAGACCAAAAUCAGACAAACUCUGGAGUAUUAUCAUCUUGGAUGUCAUUGAGACAUCGGGCCUUAUCCAGCAGGAGAUGAUGGAAAAAGCAGCAAUAUCCAGAUGCUUAUUACAAUCUGGAGGCAAAAUCUUUCCUCAGUAUGUACUAAUGUUGGGGAUGCUUGUGGAAUCACAGACACUGGUUGAAGAGAAUGCAGUUCAAGGGACUGAACCAACUCUUGGAUUGAAUAUAGCACCUUUCAUUAACCAGUUCCAGGUUCCUGUACGGGUAUUUUUGGACCUUUCCACUUUGCCCUGUAUUCCCUUAAGCAAGCCGACUGAACUUCUAAGAUUAGAUUUGAUGAAUCCAUAUUUGAACAAUUCUAACAGAGAAGUGAAGGUGCAGAUUUGUAAAUCUGGACAAGUGACUGCCAUUCCAUUCUGGUAUCACGUGUAUCUUGAUGAAGAGAUUAGCCUGGAUACAUCCAGUGAGACCUCACACUGGAAACAAGCUGCCGUUGUACUGGAUAGUCCCAUCCCAGUGGAAAUAGGACAAGAGGUUGUCCUCAACAUUCAGCACCACAAAAGCAGUAUUAGCAUCACAGUGAAACAGUGAAGGAGUUACAGUCAGGCAAUUAGAUUUCUUUGGUAUUAGUAAAUAGUUGGUUUGUAUUUCAUAAAAUUGAAUGAAAAAAUUGUAAUGGUUCAUCUAAUAUAUUUGUAGAAAAAACAGAAAUAAAAUGUUUUCUUUAAAAGCUCUUGGAUUAUAAGGUAGCAUUAUUAUAAGGUAUUGCUACUGCCUUGCUUUCUGACAA